UUGUCUUUAGAAAUAAAUUGUCAUGCUUGGGUCACGUGACUCAGGGUGUCCCCUGUAUUAACGUCCGGGUAGGACACGCAAACAAAAUGGCCGGGAAGAAGAAAGACACUGAAACCUUUGACGUGAUCGACUUGGCUGAGCAGGUCAAGAAGCAGAGAUGGUGGAACAAAAUGUUCGGUAAUAAUUCUGGUCCGGCUGCUGAGAAGCAUUCAGUGGCGACACAACUGGCCAUCGGAGGAGUGACUGGGUGGUGUGCAGGGUAUCUGUUUCAGAAAGUUGGAAAAGUCGCAGCCUCUGCUGUCGGAGGUGGUUUCUUUCUGCUUCAGAUCGCUAAUCACACCGGAUACAUUACAGUUGACUGGAAAAGAGUGGAGCGAGACAUGAACAAGGCCAAGAAGCAGCUGAAGCUGAACGCAGAGAAGCCGACAAAAGAAGUGACAACAAAAGUGCAAGAGGUCCAGGCGUUCGUGAAAAAGAACAUCGUCCUCACAGGAGGCUUCGUGGGAGGAUUCCUGAUCGGUCUGGCGUCUUAACAAGCCCCUUGUCCAUGUUACGUGGUCUUAGAAAAGAACAUACUGCUCGCGGCUGUUAUAUAUCACGACACGGCCAGAAUUUAAAUAUAUUUGCACUGAUUUCAUGCCUUUUGGUUUUAUUUUCACAUUUUGUUGAUUUCCCCUUCGUUGUUCCGUUCUGGGUUAUAUUUUGUGAUACGAAAGAAAGAUCAUGCUACAUAUUUAAAUAUAUAUGUCUAAAGAUACAUGCAGACACGAGGCAGCCUAUAAGCACUGUGUUUAAACUGACAAAUGUUCUAGAUUUAAAAAGUGUUUAAGAAUUUUCCCAUCAGUGGAUUAUAAAGAUUUCCCGCAUAAUGAUUGUACAACACAAAGGAAGUUAGAAUUCCUUCUUUUCAUAUCCAUCAAUAAACAGUUAAAGAUCAAACAACAAA